GCAGAGCGCUGUCUGCGGUGUGACUACGUUGAUCGGCAGCAUGUCGGGAAGGCCGCCGGCGGUGGUGGUGUUCGGCGCUACGGGCGCUCAGGGGGGCUCGGUGGCCAAAGCCCUGCUCAGUGACGGCUCCUUCCAUGUCCGGGCCGUGACCCGAAACCCCAGGAAGCGGGCGGCGAGGGAACUGGCCAGACUGGGCGCCGAAGUGGUCAAGGCGGACCUGGAGCGGCCGGAGAGCCUCCGCGUGGCACUGGGUGGUGCCUCAGCCAUCUUCUUGGUGACCGAUUACUGGGAGCUCGGUGACAAAGAGAGAGAGGUCGCUCAGGGUAAGACGGUUGGUGACCUGGCAAAGAAGCUGGGCGUGAGGCACGUCGUGUUCAGUGGCCUGGAGGACGUGAGUCGUCUGACGGGUGGGAGGCUGCAGGUGAGCCACUUUGAUGGCAAAGGGGAGGUGGAGCGCCACCUGCGCCACAUCGGCCUUCCUGCCACCUGCCUGAGGAUGGCCAGCUAUUUUGAGAACUUCAUCGAGCACUUCAGGCCACAGCCGGAAGGAGGAGGAAGAGGAGGAUAUCGCCUGGGUGAGUGUGAGAUUCCGAUGGCCGAUAUUCCAAUGGAUGGCAUGUCCGUGGAAGACCUUGGGCCGGUGGUGGUGACCAUUCUGAAGAAUCGGAGCGAAUACGUCGGGAAGGACAUUGGGCUGAGCGCCGAGCGGCUGACCGUCCAGCAGUAUGCAGAAGUCCUGUCCAGGCAGCUGAACAGGAGCGUCAGGGCCGCUGAGAUCUCCCCAGAAGAAUAUGAAAAGCUGGCAUUUCCGGGUGCCCAGGAUUUGGCCAACAUGUUCCGCUUCUACAGGACGAGGCCGGAGCGCGACUUGAACGUGACGCGGCGGCUCAAUCCCGCGGUGCUCGGCUUUGAGGAGUGGCUCAGCAGAAACCUCCACCACUUUGCAGACUUGUGAGGGUCCUGCCUUCCGCUCUCGAGGGGCACAAGUGGGCAGCGGCUGCUCCCUCGCCCCCAGGACAGCUCUAGGAAGACAGUGAAGGCCGUGAAGAGUUGGCGAGGCUUCUUUGAUACCCCUGCAAACGCCGAUGGGCUGCCCUCUUCA